CUGGAWGUGAGGGAGUCAAAUGAAAUUUUGUCUGUAAUAUCUUCUUUUAUGCCAUAUUCAGAGCUUCUUGGGAGAUUAACACACACAUAUUAAGAGACUAGAAUAAUCAUUCUAUCAAGAUGUUUCGAAAACCAGAUCCUAAAGAGCAAAUGCGACAGCAAAAGCGGCAGCUCAACAAAGCACAAAGAGAUCUAACAAGAGAUAGAACUUCUUUAGAAAGACAGGAAAAACAAUUGGAAGCAGAAAUUAAAAAGAUGGCAAGGCAAGGGAACAAGCAGGCUGCAACAGCAUUAGCCAAGCAACUCCUUCUCCUGCGAAAACAAAAGACCAAGAAUAUGAGUGUGAGUACAAAAUUAUCAGGCGUUGGAUAUCAAGCACAGGCGAUGCAGUCAACUGCCGCAAUGGCUGGAGCAAUGUCUACAGCUUCCAAGACAAUGGCAGGCAUGAAUGCUCARAUGAAUCCACAGAAAUUACAACAAACAUUGCAAAAUUUUGAAAAGGAAUCAGCAAAGAUGGAAUUGUCAGAAGAAAUAAUGAAUGAAGGCCUUGACUCUGUUCUUGAUGAUUCUGGUGAUGAAGAAGAACAGGACGCCAUUGUUAAUCAAGUUUUAGAUGAAAUUGGUAUUGAUAUUGCUGGAAAGAUGGCAGCAGCACCUUCAGCUCAUGAUAGUCGUCUUGCUUCAGGGUCCAAAGCAAAAGAAGACAAAGAGAUUGAAGACAUGUUGGCACAGCUUAGAUCAUAGUCUACAUGUAAUAGAUACCAUAUUGUUCUUUAAUCAUGUCACAAAAUCCUUAUUUUUUGUCAAUUAGGUUAUUAAUGAAAUGGUCAACUAGCAUUCAAUGCAAUUGUGUUAUAGAUUUAUAUCGAAAACUAUAUCCAUUCGUAAUCCAUUCCAUCUAUCAGUUUAAAGAACAAAAUUUACGAUGUUAUAACAUCGAUAACAGAUCUAUUUUUAUUUUCAAGUAUAAACAAAGCCUUGUUAGGGAUGAUGGUUGACCAUGACUUUUAAUUAUAAACACUUUACGAUCAGAAAAAGAUAGACUUCAAACCCAAGCAUUUUUUUUUGGAGUGUACAUAAUCUUGUUUUUCACUAUACGUCACAGCGGUAAUGUUGGAGGAACUUUAACAAAGGAUUUCUYAUUCUGAUUUCUUUCUUAGAUAAUCAAUAUUUGUACAUUUGCUGCUAUUUUGAUCCCUCUACGACACGUGUAGUUUCACUGGGCCAUUUUUUAAUUAAAUUUUGAAAUUUAAAAUUGGUAGAGUUGUCCUAUUAGCAAUAGAUGGACAACAAUGUAAAUAUUAGACCCUAAAAUGUUAUUAAAAUGUCAAAAUCAAUUGAAUAAAUUAAAUUCUUUUUCAAUUUUAAA